UUUACACUGUGGGAACUUGAGAAGUUUCCAAUGAAUAUUUAACUGCAAUUGCUUGAGUUUCACUGGCAGAGAGAACACUCUUUAAGGGAGGUGGGAAUAACAGCCACUGUGACCCAGGGUGCAGCCUUACGCCGUUAUUGUGGCCCUUGCUGUGCCCUGCACCUGGCUGUGCUCCUUGGAACUCCGUCACACAAGUAUUGGUGCCCAGCAUCCUGCAUUGCUCUCUUCCUGGUGGUAACCCCGUGGGUUCUGUUCCUGGUGGCUUUGCGUCACUGAUUCCUAAUGGGGGGCUGUGGCUCUGUGCCUACAGUGGCCUCUGGUGAGGGUGUCGAUGAGCCUUUACCUGAGGGUGUAGAAGAACAGCUGAGUUCCGGUGAUGGCAUUUUGGAACUGAGUGGUCGCAAGAUUCCACGUCUUCCAGCAUCCAUCUGUAACCUGUCUGAAAGCCUAAAUAAGCUUUACUUGACUGGAACAAUGAUAACGGAGCUGCCUGAUGAUUUUUACCAACUAGAAAACCUGCGAACACUGGCACUAGAUGCCAAUAAGCUGCCAGAGUUGCCAGAGCCUGUGUGCUCCUUGCCAAACCUGGGUCGCCUGUAUAUAGGGGCCAACCACCUGCAAGGUCUCCCCAUGUCCUUUGCAAGACUUCAGAGUUUGCGGAUAUUAUGGAUCGAACGCAACUUUCUCUAUCACUUUCCACGGGUGCUGCUGAGUAUGCCUGGGCUGCGCUGUGUACAAAUGGGGGAUAACCGCCUGAAGGGGCUUCCAAGUGAUAUAGCGACUGCCAUGCCUGGCCUCAAAGGCCUCUGGUUGUAUUCAAACCGCUUUGACAGGGUACCCAAGGUUCUCCUGCGCUUACAUGGCCUGGAAGUUCUAGAUCUCGACAAAAACCGUAUAACAGAAUUCCCUGAUAUGAGUAGAAUGAAAGGGCUGCAGUUGCUGUCUUAUGAUCACAACCCUGUGAAAGGGCCACCCAAAGUGGCAGAGACUGUGACUUUAGUGGGAGAGGGCGCUCAGGAGUUUAUGGAAGAGCGAGAAGCACAAAGGCAACAGAUGGAGGAAGAGGAACAAGAGGAGAGAGAAAGAGAACAGCAGGAAGCAGAGAACAAGGAGGCUGAAGGGGGUGAAGAAGAAGGGGAAGAGGGACAGGAAGAGGAACUUUAUGAGGAGGAAGAGGGGGAGGCUGAGGAAAGAGUAGAAAAUGCCAAUGACCAUUAUUACUCAGAGUAUGAAGAAGAAGACUACUACCUUGAGGAGGAGGGGGAUUGCAUGGAGGAUGAAGGAUAUUAUCCCGAUGAGGGGCAGUAUUAUAACCAGUGGUACAAAUAA